AUGGCAUCCCCACACAAACACAACGAGGAAGUAUGGCCAUCCGAAUGUUGGCAGUCGGUGCUUGAAGAAGUUUACAUCGAGCCAUGCGACCCAGCAGCGUCUGUGACUGUACAGGAAUCGCGUCUGAACAAUGCCAUAAAGCACAUCCUCACCCUACCCCAACGACGACCCCUGAAUGUCACAGCAUUAACUCUCCUUCGUGCGGCUUGGUCCUUGAUCAUCAGCCGCAUGGCCAACUCAGAUCAUGCUGCCUUCAAUAUUCUGCAGUCAACUACGUCGGAAACGCCCCCCGUUCCUAUUUCAAGACGUGUCCAGACACUUGCCAGUCAGUCGGUGCUGGAUUAUCUUCAGAUUUUUGGGCAGCAGGGCGCAGUGACGGUGCCAUCUGAGCAACAAGAUACACAACAGCAAGUUAGGUCGCCGCUUCAGGAGACGGAAAACAGUGCGGAUAGACAACAGCAACAGGUGUGCACAUUUCAGUUUCUCAUGGCCCAUCCGACUACAACAGCAAAGCAGCCUUCUCCGUCCCCGUCCCCAGAUGCCGGUGCAAACGAAAACGCCAGAACAAGCAAAAAUACAGACAUGGACACGAGAAGCGAGUCCCGGGGCCUCACUCGUGUUCUCACCCUCAAUGUUCUGUCUCACUCUGACGAUAUGUUAGCUGAGGCUAGCUUCGACGUAGCCAAAAUCAGCCCUUGGUUCGUUCGCCAACUCCUUGAGCGACUGGACUUUGUCAUCACCCAGCUCGCCGUCUCAGUGGCCCAGGAUACUCUUCAGACGAUUUCGAUGCUCACUAAACAAGACGAGGUCGCCAUCUGGCGUUGGAAUGGAGCCGUGCCCUGCUCCUUCGAGCGCUGUGUUCACAAGGUCUUCGAGGAGCGCGUCACCCUUCAGCCCGAGGCCAUUUCUGUCAGCGCCUGGGACGGCGAGCUUUCCUACGCUGAUCUGGACUGGAAUUCGACGCUUCUUGCCCACAAGCUCAUCGAUCUCGGCGUCGGUGACGAACCUGACAUGGUGGUGCCCCUGUGCUUCGAAAAGUCCAUGUGGACCACGGUAGCCCUCUUCGCCGUGUUAAAGGCCGGCGGCGCCUUCUUACUCCUCGACCCUUCACUUCCUGAGAAGAGACUGCAGUUCAUGGUCGAACACGUCGAGGCAAGUCUGAUCCUCUCUUCGAAUGCCGAAGAGCCCCUGAGCGCCCGCCUCGCCAAGCAAGUCCUUCCCGUCCACCAAGGCCUCCUUUCUAAACUGGCGCACCAAGGGUACGAAGAUGGGGAUCAGAGGAAAAACCCAUCGCCGGACAGGUCGAGCCCGUCAUCAGUUGCCUAUGUCACCUUUACCUCUGGCAGCACAGGUGCCCCCAAGUGUGUGCUGGUGUCGCACGCAAACCUCGCCUCCGCCCUCCACCACCAAUUGGGUCCGAUGGGGUUGACGGAUACUUCGAGGGUCCUCGACUUUGCCUCGUAUAGCUUUACCACCUCGGUCAGCAAUGUCUGCUGCACCCUCGCCGCCGGCGCUUGUCUCUGCGUCCCGAGCGAGGAGGACCGCCGAGACAGGCUUCAGGAGUCGAUUCAAUCCUUCCAGGCCACCUUCAUCGACAUCACGCCCUCGGUCGCCCGCUUGCUGGUGCCCAAGGAGGUUCCUACCCUCGACACCGUCAUUCUUGGCGGCGAGAUGUUAAGAAAGGGUGACAUCGAGCGCUGGUGGGGACGCGUCAAGCUCAUUCACCUGUACGGCCAAAGCGAGUGCACGUCCAACGGUACAAUCAACCAUGAAGCAUCGAGUGCGCAAGACGUGCUUCACAUCGGCAAGGGUGCCGGCCUGACCACCUGGGUUGUAAACCCGGAUGACCACAACGUCCUGCUGCCCCCUGGGUGUAUUGGUGAACUGCUUUUUGAAGGGCCGCUCGUCGGUCAAGGGUAUCUCCGCAACCCAGAGCAGUCGGCGGCUUCCUUCAUCAAGGACCCGCCCUGGCUCCUCCGGCGGGCAUCUGGACGACCUGUCUUUGUCGGUCGUAAGGAUACCCAAGUCAAGCUCCGCGGUCAGAGAGUAGAGCUUGGCGAGGUUGAGUUUUGGGUACGGAACUGUUUGGCAGACAAGACCGUUCAGCAGGUCGUGGCCGAGGUCAUCGACCCUCAUGGGGACGAAUCGGCUCGGACCCUCGUUGCCUUCCUCCAUAUCAAUGAAAAGGACGCCGCAAAGUUCGUGGAUGAUGUCGACGACGUCACGGGCAGACUCCUUGUCAUUCCCUCCGACGUCGAGGAUCAGCUGGCGGCCCAUCUACCGAGCUACAUGGUGCCGACUGCUUUCUUUCCCAUGAGGGAGCUCCCCAUGACCGUUACUGGCAAGUUAGAUCGGCUUCGGCUGCGGGAUAUCGGUGGCUUUCUGUCGGUCGAGAAGUUGGCGGAGCUGCGGACGGCCAGUGGUCCAAAACGACAACCGUCCUCCUUGACCGAGAAGUCGAUGCUGAAGACCUGGGCCCAGGUCUUGAACAUUCCCUAUGGCAAGAUUGGCCUAGACGAUAGCUUCUUUCAUCUCGGCGGAGACUCCAUCACGGCCAUCCGACUCGUCGCUGAGGCCCGCAAGGAGAAUAUCUACCUGACCGUUGCAGACGUCUUUCGCCAUCCAAUCCUCCACCAACUUGUCCAAACCUGCCUGGUCACAGCUGGGAUGAGAGGUCAGGAGGCAUACAUUCGCCCCUUCCAUCUCCUGCCCCCUAGAAUCAGGAUCCGCGAUUUCAUUGAGGGAAUUGCCGACCAGUACUCCCUGGAUCGGUCUCUAAUCCGAGACGCCUACCCCUGCACGCCGCUUCAAGAGGGCCUCAUGUCCCUCGCCUGCAAGCGUCCAGGCAACUACAUGAACCAUGAGGUGCUCGAGUUAAGAUGUCACGUUCCCGUCCGUCGCUUCCGCGCCGCCUGGGAGCAAGCAUUUCGCUCUCUCCCCAUCCUGCGCACAAGGAUCGUGCAGCACGAUGAUCUCGGCCUCCUUCAGCUCGUCGUUGACGGAACCAUUUCCUGGCGGACGGCAACCAACUUGGAUGACUACCUAGCCACCGACAGGGAGCAGUUCAUGAGCCUCGGUGAUCCCCUCACGCGCUAUGCCCUGAUCCAGCAUGAUUCUGGCAACACCACCUUUGUCUGGACUGUGCAUCACGCUCUUUACGACGGAUGGUCCAUCGGCCUGAUCCUCGAUGCCGUUCGUCAGGCGAUUCCUGGCUACCGCAUCGCCACUGGUCCUCAGCCCCAAACCUUCAUCAAGCACAUCAUGGAUAUUGACAACGAAGCAACCAGCACCUUUUGGCUCACAAGCCUGGCCGACUUCGAGUCUGAUCCAUGUCCACGCCUUCCGUCGCCCAUGUACGAGCCGGUGUCGGACAAGGUGAUCGAGCACCAGUUCUCGCUGAAGCUCGGACGACAUAGCAAAGACAUCACCACCUCAACACUCGUUCGUGCCGCUUGGGCGCUGGUCCUCAGCCGUGUGUCCAACACCGAAGACGUCGUAUUUGGUGUCACAGUCUCCGGUAGGCAGGCGCCCGUUUCUGGUAUCGACAUUCUCGUUGCCCCAACCUUUGCCACGGUCCCGGUCCGUGUCAGGACCGACGGCGCCCGCAAGGUGUCAGAAUACCUCAAGCAACUGCAACGGGAGGCAGUCGAUAUGAUCCCUUUUGAGCACGCGGGCCUGCUCGGAAUCUCCCAGCUGUCUCCCGAUUGCGAAAGGGCGUGUAAGUUUCAGUCGUUACUCGUCAUCCAGCCGCAGAGGGCCCCGGUUGCAGAUGAGGAUCUGGGCACAUGGCGGGCCGUCAUCCAGCAGCACUGGUUCAACACAUUCGCCCUCAUGCUCGAAAUUCGUCUCGGCAUUGACAAUCUUACCAUCACCGCCGCCUUUGAUUCCCAUGUUCUGGAUCCUUGGCUCGUGCAAAAGUUGUUGACGCGCCUCGAGCUGGUCAUCCAAAAGCUCGACAUUGCCGGUGGCGAGAAGUCACUUUCUGAGAUCGAUGUCAUGACUGUCAGUGACCUGGAGCAGAUAUGGGAGUGGAACCGCGAUGUCCCUGAGGCAGAAGAGAGUCUUGUCCACGACAAGUUCCAGAGCCGUGUGCGAGAGCAGCCGAACGCGCCGGCGAUUCGAGCUUGGGACGCCGAGCUCUCGUAUAAAGAGCUCGACUACUGGUCUACCGAUCUCGCUGAGCGACUUUCAAAGUCCAAGCAUCUCAUCGAGCCCAACACUCUGAUCCCCUUGUGCUUCGGCAAGUCUGCCUGGACGCCGGUGGCAAUGCUCGCUGUGCUCAAGAUGGGCGCCGCGUUCGUCUUGUUAGAUCCCUCUCUUCCGACGGACCGCCUCGAAGCCAUCCUCGACCAACUGGCUGCAAAAAACAUCUUGUGCUCUCCCGCCACCGCGAAACUCUCAUUCCAACUAUCGGGACAGAUAAUUCAAUUCACCCCAGGGGCAGCGCAGUUUAUCAACGUCACCACUCCGCCGCGACCUUCCAGAGUCGACUUCGCGGAGUCCCCUACGUCGGCAUCAACAAUGGUGGUCCUUUUUACCUCCGGCACAACGGGCAAGCCGAAAGGGGUUGUCAUCUCGCACCAAAACUACUGCGCUAAUCUCAAGCAUCAACUGCAUCUUCUCGGUUUUACUCAAGACUCUCUCGUGUUCGACUUUGCAUCCUACGCCUUCGACGUUUCGGUGCACAACGUCUUUGCCACUCUCAUCUCGGGUGGAUGUUUAUGCAUCCCAUCAGAAGAUGAUCGCAGGAGCAACAUUGCUCAUGCCAUGAUGCAAAUGGAAACCACCAUUGCCAAUCUUACUCCUUCGGUGGCACGUCUCAUCGAUCCAGCCACGGUACCGUGCCUGAAGACUCUCAUACUUAGCGGAGAAGCUGUCAGAGUUGAGGAUGUGAUGCCGUGGUGGGACAGGGUUCGCGUCAUCAACGCGUACGGACCUGCCGAGUGCAACAUCAGCACCAUCAACGGACAGUCUUCGAGCCCUCAGGGAGCCAUACACGUCGGAAAGGGAGCAGGUACGGUGACUUGGGUCGUCGAUCCAAGUAACCAUAAUACUCUGCUCCCGCCAGGGCACACUGGCGAGCUUCUGCUGGAGGGGCCCCUUGUCGGAUGCGGAUAUUUGAACGAUGCGGAAGCGACGGCAAAGGCUUUCAUCCAGGAUCCAGCCUGGCUGGUGCGGGGGGGGGCUGGUGUCCCUGGCAGACGCGGUCGGCUCUACAAAACUGGAGACCUCGUCCGAUACAACGAUGAUGGCAGUCUCAAUUUUAUCAGCCGCAAGGAUACUCAAGUCAAGAUCCAUGGUCAGAGGGUCGAGCUCGGAGAUAUCGAGCACUGGGUCCAACAUUGUGUAAAAUCCGCAAAGCAGGUGACCGUCGAACUCGUCUCGGCGACGAACGAGGCCCAAACGCCCAUGCUGGUGGCAUUCCUUCAGAUCGAAGACUCGAACGCGAUAGCAGAUUCGGAUCCGUCCAAGUGCAGACCCUACCUUGUCUCGUCCGAGAUUCGGGCUCGAUUGGCGGAGCAUCUGCCAGGCUACAUGAUUCCCUCCGUAUUCCUUCAACUACGGCAACUGCCCCUGACGCCCACGGGCAAGACGAACCGAAAAUCUCUGCACAAGCUCUGUGGCGACUUUACGAAAUGGAGCCUGUCCACGCUGCAAGACUUUUGUCGAAACUCCAGACGUGAGGUGGAAUCGCUUGUUGAACGGCAGAUCCAAGCCGUAUGGGCUCAAGUUCUCGGCAUCGAUCCCUCGCACAUCGGGGCAGAUGAUAGUUUCAUUGCCUUGGGUGGCAGCUCUAUUUCUGCCAUGAAAAUGGCCUCUGAGGCACGAAAGAUCGGCCUGAGACUGACGGUUGCCGACAUCUUUCGUUGUCCAACUCUCGCUGGACUCGCCAGUCACGCGAGUCUCGCUGAUUGUGCUAGCCCUGCGAUCGAUGUGGAAAGCUCUAGCACGAUUCCGAGGCUUUCGCGGCGCGGCUUCAUCGAACAAUCAAUCGCCCAGGAACGCCUGUGGCUCUUGCGACACCAACAGCCCCGGUUCGUCCAGCAGACGGCGUGGGCGGUGCGAAUGCGAGGACCUCUGCAACCCGUCGCGCUGAACAAGGCGCUGCUGGCGUUAAAUCGCCGGCAUGAGAUCCUCCGGACGACAUUCGCGACGGACGACGGUGUCCACAAGCAGCGCAUUAGUGAUGUUGAAUCUGGGCAACUGCACAUUGUUGACAUGGAUACAUCUUCUUCGCCCUCAUCAUCUCGGCAUGAAGAGAGGGGAAGGCUUGAGGACAUUCUGCAACAACUGCGGAUGCUUCCCAUAGAUCUCGAAACUGAACCCGGCUGGAGAGUGACUCUCUACAGUCUCGGCCAGGAAGAGUACGUUUGCCUCAUCGUCAUGCACCCGAUGGUGUCGGACGGAUGGUCCGCGGACGUCUUCCGCAGAGAGCUCACGCUUUUCUACUCGGCCACCAUCCACCAGGACGACCCUCUUGCGGAAGUCGACGCUCUGCCCAUUCAGUACGGCGACUAUUCCACCUGGCAACGACUGCAGGAGCAUACCCACAAGCGCCAGUUGGGAUACUGGGCGGAGCAGCUCCGUUCAAGUCGGCCGGCCGAGAUUCCGUGCGACAAGCCUCGGCCGACAACCCUCUCCGGACGUACGGACGGGCAGGAAGUUAGGAUCAGCGGUCCCCUCUUCCACCAACUGAACGGGUUUCGAAAAUCUCGCGAGGUAACUCUCUUCGUCUUCCUCCUCGCUGCGUUCAGGGUCACGCAUUAUCUUCUCAGCGAUGAGUCGGAUGCGACCAUCGGGACGUCGAAUGCCAACCGCACCCGGUGGGAAGUCCGAGACCUCAUGGGUCCCUUGGUCAACCUCCAGGGUAUUCGAAUCAAGGUGGAGAAGGGUGAUUCGUUCGAGGAGCUCGUUCGCCGUGUCGAGGCAACAACCAUCGCCUCGUUUAGCAACCAGGACGUUCCCUUUGAACGCAUCGCCAGUCGGCUGCAAGCGAACUCAGACUUGUCUCGCCACCCGCUGUUUCAGAUCAUUUUUGCCGUUCACACCCGCAAAGACUUGGGUCAAUUUUCGUUGGAAGGGAUGGAGACAAUCCCGAUUCCCAUGGCCGUAACCUCAAGGUUCGACCUCGAGUUUCACCUUUACCAAGAGGAUGACGGGCUGCAAGGAAAUGCCAUCUUCUCGACCGAUCUUUAUCAUCCCAAAACCGUCGAGAAUAUGCUGUCGGUCUUUCGUACAGUGCUAGAGCGCGCCAUCGCGAAUCCCGCAGUUGCCAUCUCCUCCUGGACACUUCCAGUGGAGGACGAGUGA